UUUUACACACACACAAGCACACACGCACACACCUUCACACACACACCUGGCUUCUGCACUCAGGAUGUCCUGUAAUAAGGUGCUGUCCUUCCUGAAGAGCCUCUCAAGGAGAAAACCACUGGAGCCGGAUGGGGAAGAGUCCAACUUUAAGCGAUGCUUGAGCACUCUGGACCUGGUGGCCCUCGGUGUGGGCAGCACACUCGGUGCAGGGGUCUAUGUGCUGUCCGGAGAGGUGGCCCGGACAGUUUCUGGUCCCAGCAUCAUUGUGUCGUUCUUCAUCGCGGCAGUGGCGUCAGUGUUUGCCGGGUUGUGCUAUGCAGAGUUUGGUGCCCGAGUGCCCAAAACCGGCUCUGCUUACCUGUACAGCUACGUCACAGUUGGAGAGGUGUGGGCCUUCAUCACAGGCUGGAACCUGCUGCUGUCAUACGUCAUAGGGACCUCCAGUGUGGCCAGAGCGUGGAGUGGUACAUUUGAUGACCUGAUUGGAAAUAAGAUCGGCAACUAUUUUAGUGCAAAUACACCCAUGAACUUACCUGGUCUUGCUCCCUACCCGGACUUCUUUGCUGCUGCCCUUAUCAUGGUUUUGGCAGGCAUUCUUGCAUUUGGAGUGAAGGAGUCUGCCAUCGUCAAUAAGAUCUUCACAGGUUUAAAUAUGGUAGUUCUGGUUUUUGUCAUCAUUUCCGGGUUCAUCAAGGGUGACAUUGGGAACUGGCAGAUUACACCGGAGGAAAUUUUCAACUACACAAUCUCUGCCAAUCUCUCGAUUUCAAACGAAACUUUGUCCAGUUUUGGACAAGGAGGAUUUUUCCCCUUUGGUUUUGAAGGAACGUUCGCUGGAGCUGCAACCUGUUUCUAUGCCUUCGUGGGAUUCGACUGCAUUGCAACCACAGGCGAGGAGGUUCGAAACCCUCAGAAGUCUAUCCCUAUUGGAAUUGUGGCUUCACUUCUCAUCUGUUUCCUGGCUUAUUUCGGAGUUUCGGCCGCUCUUACCCUCAUGAUGCCCUACUACAGACUAAACCUUCAAAGUCCCCUGCCUGUAGCCUUCGAGUAUGUGGGAUGGGAACCGGCAAAGUAUGCAGUGGCUGUUGGAUCUUUGUGUGCACUUUCAACAAGUCUGCUGGGAGCCAUGUUUCCGAUGCCCCGAGUGCUGUUUGCUAUGGCCAGAGAUGGGCUGCUGUUCUCACCUCUGAGCAAAAUGAGCUCCAGGCAGAGUCCCGUCAUCGCCACAAUCGCUUCAGGAGUUGUAGCAGCAAUCAUGGCCAUGGUGUUUGACCUGAAGGCUCUAGUAGACAUGAUGUCUAUCGGGACGCUCUUUGCCUACACCCUCGUAGCCAUCUGCAUCUUAAUUCUUCGGUACCAAGAAGAACCAGCUGUGAUCAGCGAGAAAGCAGACGUUCAGGCUAAGAAAUGGAAUCCGUUUCACCCUCCUAAAACUGCUACCGCUAAGAGCUCAAAAGCUGUGUCUCUGCUGACCCUCCUGACCAUUGUGUUUUCGAUUAUCCUGAGUGUGAUCAUCACGAAGGGUGUGGAAGCAGGUCUGAUUGCGGAAUGGUGGAUGAUUCUGAUCAUCACUGUGGUCGCGGUGGGUUUUCUCCUGGCUAUUAUUAUUAUUUGGCGGCAGCCGCAGAACAGAACCAAGGCCGCAUUCAUGGUGCCACUUCUGCCACUGCUUCCUAUUUUCAGCACAUUCAUCAAUGUCUACUUGAUGCUUCAGCUCGGGAGUGAAACGUGGAUUCGCUAUGCAGUGUGGAUGGCAGUGGGUUUGCUGAUCUACUUCUGUUAUGGAGUGCACUUCAGUGUGCAGAGGAAACGAAAUAAAUCUCCCAAACAUCCGGAGAUGGCUGAUGCGAAACCGGAGGACGAGCAGAGAAACGGAUCCAUUAUUCAAACACAAACCAAACUUUAAAGCCACGUCAAUGUCAAGUGCCUUGCACUCAGUGUUGUUGCGUGUAAAGGGGUAUAUGCACAGCUAGUGUUUGUGAGCCAAUGAUAAACUUCCAGUGAAAGGUUUAUGUGACUAUUUUCAUUUUCAUAAGUUUCCUUUUACAGCACUGAUGUUGUAAUGUAAUUAAAAUACAAUCAGUUAAA